GGGGGGGCAGGACGGCCCAGCGAGAAGAGCCCCCCCCGCGGCGGCCACUCCGGCCCGACGUUUGCUCAUCCCCUCCGAUACAUUGUUCCCGACUUUCUGCCCUUCAGAGUAGCCUUUCGCGUACCGUGUAUUUUGGAAUCAUGCUGGGCAAGCUGCUUUCCGUCGGCCUUGCCGCACUCCUGUCCAUCUCCUCCGUGGCCUCGGCCACCACUGCUCCGGCCCCCGGUGCCCGCCUCAUUGCCACUAGCGACACCGAGCGCCAGUGGAUGACCGAGUCCCAGGUGUUCGACCUCAUCCGUCGUGAUGUCCACUUCCGUGAUAUCUCCGACAUCGAGGAGUACGCCACCGGCGCCGUGGUCCCCACCCCCCAGGCCGCCAUGCCGAUCCCCACCUCCCUGGAGUACCAGGCCGAGGUGGUCGAGCUCCACCAGAGCAUCGACAUGCACCGCUACCUGCAGAAGCUGACCACCUUCACCUCCUUCCACACUCGCUACUAUGAGAGCCCCUCCGGUGUCGAGUCCACCAUGUGGCUUCUGGAGGAGAUCAACGCCGCCACCCAGAACGGCACCCUCCCCUAUGUCGAGGUGGAGACCUUCGAGCACCGCUUCGCUCAGCCCUCCAUCAUUGUCCGCUUCAACGGCACCAGCAAGCGCGACAAGGACAUCGUCAUCCUCGGCUCUCACCUCGACUCCAUCAACACCGCCUCCCCGGCCACCGGCCGCGCCCCGGGUGCUGAUGAUGAUGGCUCCGGCACCAUGACCCUCCUGGAGAUCGUCCGCAUCCUGGUCGACCACCAGUUCCGCCCCUACCUGACCCUGGAGUUCCACUUCUACGCCGCCGAGGAGGUUGGUCUGCUUGGUUCCGCUGGUGUGGCUAAGGCUUACUACGAGAAGGGCACCAUUGUCCGUGGCAUGUCCCAGUACGAUAUGACCGGCUACUCGGGCUACGGCAAGAUCGGCCUCAUUCGCGACUACACCGACCCGGAUCUCGGCGACUUCCUGGCCAAGCUCAUCGACGAGUACCUCCUCAUCACCUACGAGGACAGCCUCUGCGGUUACGGCUGCUCUGACCACGCCUCCUGGAACAACUUCGGCUACCGCUCGAUCUUCACCUUCGAGGCCCCCUUCGGCAAGCACAGCCCCUUCAUCCACACUGUCAACGACACCGUCGACAACAUCGACCUCAACUACGCCAAGGAGUUCGUCAAGCUCGGCCUCGCCUUCGCCGUCGAGAUGUCCUUCCCUUAAGGUGUAGUGGUCAGUGUCUUGGCCUCUCCUUUCUCUCCUCUGUGCUCUCUCUCUCCCCCCCCCCUGCCCUUGUAUGCACUACACAGAGACUGUCACUCGGGACCCUCCCUCCCUCUCUCUCUCUCUCUCUUU